AAAAUAUGUUUUAAUAAACCUAUCUAUGUGGGAAUGAGUAUAUUAGAUCUUUCGAAGCAUUUGAUGUAUGAUUUUCAUUAUAAUGUGAUGAAACCUAAAAACAGAGAUAGCAUAAAACCGUUAUAUCAGGAUACUGACAGUUAUAUAUAUGAUAUAAAAACAGAUGAUAUUUAUCAAGACAUGAAGGAAAUGAUUGAUUACUUUGAUACAUCCGAUUAUCCCGAGAAUAAUCAAUAUGGUAUACCGAGAGUUAAUAAGAAGGUGUUAGGUAAAAUGAAAGAUGAAAAUAAUGGAAAAAUAAUGAGAGAAUUUGUUGGUUUAAGAGCAAAAAUGUAUGCCUUAAAAGUAGAAGAUCAGGUUACAAAGAAAUCAAAAGGAGUAAAGAAAUGUGUUGUUAAAAAUAGGAUAUCAUUUGAUGAUUAUAAAGACUGCUUGUUUAAUAAAACAGAGCAUUCCCAAACAAUGAAUCUAAUUAGAAGCAAGAAACAUGAACUUUAUUCAAUAGAAGUUAACAAGAAGGUGUUAUCACCACAUGAUGAUAAGAGAUAUAUAUUGGAGGAUGGAAUUAACACAUUAGAAUUAGGACAUAAAUUUUUUCUUAUAUAAAUGGACAUAACAAUAAAGAGCUGUUGAUUGGGAUGGUUUUUCUAAACGAGAGAAUUUAACAGAAUAUCUAAUAAGAGAUUUUAAAGAUGAAGUUAAUUGGGAUUCAAUAUCUCAUAAUCAAAAAUCAUCUGAAUUUUUUAUUAAUGAAUUUAAAGAUAGAGUUAACUGGAAAAAAAUAUCAGAAAAUCAAAUUCUCUCCGAAAAUUUUAUAAGACAACAUGAUGAUAAGGUUAAUUGGAAACUCAUCUCUACUCAUCAAAUAUUAUCUUCAGAUUUAUCUUUUUUUUUAAUUCUUGAAGUUAGACUAUUUACAAAAAUAUAUUAACAUUUUCAAGUCUAUCAUUAAAUCCUUUUACACAAACCACAGAAGACACAGUUACAUUGGUUAGAAGAUAAAACUUCUUUAAAAGACAAAUAAUAAAAGGUAAAAAUUCACAAUUAAAAAUGAUCAAACGCCAGCCUUUUAUUGUAGGAUCUGACGUUUUUAACAUUAAAAACAUAAGAACCUUCUCACCAACUAUCAAGUCC